AUGGGAAAGUAUAGCGUGAGCAGAAAAGGAGAAUAUAGCGCUGAGAGGAGAUAUCAUUAUAGAGAUGAGAAAUAUGAAAAAUAUGAAAAGUAUGAAAAAUCUGAUAACACUAGCCAUGGAAAUAAAUUAGAUAAUCAUAUGAAAGAAAAAGGUGGAUAUUAUAUAAAUGAGGGUCGUAGACACGACAUAUCAAGAAGUAGAGAAGAAAUGAUAGGGAUUAUUGGAAGAGAAGGUCAUAAAAAUGACAAUGUGUAUAAUAAUAACGAUAGAAGAAGAGGAUCUUUAGAUAAUUAUGAGAGAAGGAGAAAUGAAGAAAAUCAUAUUGGUGAUAGGAAUAGAAAUAUCUCAAAAGGUAGAAGAGAUUAUCAUCGAGAUGCUCUAUCACGAGAUAGAUGUUAUAGUAAUAGAUCUCCAAGAAGAAAUGUGUCAGUAGAUAGAAAAAGAGGAAAUGUAUAUGAUAGGAAUAAUGAAGAUAACGUUUAUGAAAAAAAAGCAAGAUAUGAAAGAGAAAACCACAGCACAAAUAACAAUAAUUAUAAUAAUAAUUACAUUAAUAAAGAUAAUAAUAAACAUAAUUAUAAGGAAAAUCAAUUUUCUGCUGACUAUACAAAUAGAGGAAGAAAUGAUGAGAAAAUGCAUAUGAGAAGACAUUCAAGAGAGGAAAAAGAAGGCAGAAAAGCAUAUCAAGGCUAUUAUGAAGAAAAUAGACAUAGGGAAAAUAAUUAUGAAGGACAUCGUAACGAAGAACAUCGACGUGAAGCAUAUCGACGUGAAGCAUAUCGAAAUGAAGCAUAUCGACAUGAAGGAUAUAGACAUGAAGGGUAUCGACAUGAAGGAUAUCUUUCUAGGGAUCAUGCUCAUAAAGAAUUUCACCAUAAUGAAAACCCAUAUUAUAAAAAAGAUUUUUCUCACAGGGUACCCCAGAGUGGUGCAAUAAGAAGAGAAAGAGGAAGAGAAUUCCGAAACCAUGCAUAUAAAAAAAUAGGUGCGUGUAAAAUAUUUGUAGGGAAUAUUUCAAGUAGUGCAAGAGAAGAAGAUGUUAGAAGAAGAUUUGAGCAAUAUGGUGAUAUAAUGCACAUGCAAUGGAAAAAACGAUUUGCGUUUAUUGAAUAUUAUAAAGCUUCGCAUGCAUUGAAUGCAUUAGAAAAAGAAAAUGGUAAGAUGUUUUUUGGUGAAGAAUUAAGUGUUCAAGAACAUCAAUAUAAUAUGAAUUCAUAUGGAUAUAAGAAUGAUAAUAGAUCACAUUUCCAUUUGAAGGUGUCUAGAAAUUACUCACCACCAAAUUUUAGUAAUGAAUCUAUUGAAAGAAGGAAUUCAUUAAGAAUUGUUGUAAAAAAUAUUGAUGAAAAAGCUAGCUGGCAAGAUCUUAAAGAUUUUGGUAGAGAAGUGGGUUCAGUUAGCUAUGCAAAUAUAGUAGAUGAUUAUCAUAGUAAAGAAAAGUUUGGAAUUAUUGAAUUUUAUAACCAUGAGAAUGCAAAAGAUGCUAUUAAUAUAUUGAAUGGAAAAAGCUUUUAUGGAAGAUCUGUUGAUGUUAUAAGAUAUAACGACUCAGAUUUAAGUAAAAGAUUUAAGAAUAAGGAGAGAGAGGAAAAUUAUAUGAGAGGAGUUAAUGAUCGAUAUGUUCGUGAGGAAAGAGCCUAUAGAGAUAAAUUUCCUUUUGAUCGAAUAAAUCGUACUAGGCAUACUUUUUUUAAUAGAGGUAGGAAUAUUCGAGGAAAUAAAUAUUUUAGGAGAGAUGAUAAUGAGGAUAAUAAGAGUGAGGUUGAUGAUAGUAAAUAUAAGAAAAGUACAAGAAGUAUGAGUAUGAUCGAUAGGGAUAAUACGUAUGAUGAAAGGGUUAGUCAUCGAGAUGGACAUAUGAAAGACGAUAGGGAUGACGACAUGUGUUAUGACAGGGAUGAUGAAGAAAAGAUGAUUAAUGGUAAUAAGAAAAGAAUAUUAAAAUCGAGUGAAGAGGUUGGUGAACAUACAAACAGCAUUAUAAAUGAAGAUAUAAAUAAAGAUCAAACGGAUAUUAUAGACGAAAAAGAAAAAGGAGGAGAUGAGAAUAUUUCUUUAAAAAAUUAUAAAAAUAAGAAAGAAAAUGUGGACCAUGAUUAUGAAAAUGUUAUAGAAAGUAAUAGGGGGAAACGAAGAAGUGUAAAAAGUAAAAACAAAAAUGAAAAUGAGAAAAAAGGAAAAACAAAAGAUGAAUUAUAUGAUGAUAUAUCUGAAAUAAAAUUACAAGAAGGAAGUGUAUGUAGAAGUACUAAAGAUAUAGAUGAAGAUAAUUAUAAUAAUGAAGAAACGAAAAAUAUAAAAGAUGAAUUUUUGGUUGAUAAAAAAAAUGAAGAAGAAGGAUAUGAUGACGAUACAUAUACAAGUGAAAGAGAUAAAAGUAUGAACGAAAAAAUUAUGAAAGAAGAAUAUAUAAAUAAAGAUGAUACAUUAGAAAAAAAUGAUAACAUUAUUAAUAUACCAAAUAAAAAAUCAAGACUUAUAAAAAAAACCACUACAAAAAAAAGAAUAACUAGAGUUUCAGAAGAGUCAACAACAAAGGUAGAUACAAGAGAAAGUGAUGAAGAUGAUCUUAUGGAAAAUGAACAAUGGACAGAUUCCAAAAAAAUAUGUGUAAUUAAAAAUAAUUCUCCACAUAAUGAUUAA